AUGUCAACCGCCAUCGCCUCCUCUUCCUCCUCGGCCUGCCACAGAUUUCUCGCCAUCCCAGAACUGGUCGCAGAACUCGCAGGAUGCCUCGACAACAAAUCCCUCCACCGGCUGAUGCUAACCAGCCGGCGACUGUCCUCUUUCUGCGAGCCAUCUGUUUACCAUUCUGUAGUGCUUAACAAUCUUGACAGAUGCAGUUUUGAACGCAUUGCAUCUCGCGAUUACCUGGCUGCCUUGGCCAGGAACGUCCAGCAUGUCAGGUCGCUCAACUUGGGGUUGCUUUUUGCAGUCUACCAAUAUCAUUCUGCCUUUGCCUUUCAGCAGCAGGAGCGGGAUAAGGAGAAGGAGCAGGAACGUGAGCGAGAACGGGAAAUGGGCUACAACACCACGCGCGGACCUGUUUCGAUUCGAGGACUGUUACCAAUACCGGAAUGGUCGCCGCUGCCGGACAUCCUCUCUCCUCAGAUGGACCUGGUGCUUCUCCCGCCCAUGUGCAACCUCACGCACUUCAAGAUGAACUUCACUCGAUCGAUACACCAUCGCCUCCACCUCGCCUACCUCCCCAGCUACGAGAGUACGUCAAGGUCGCUUCUGCAGGCUACCUGGCUGAUACACCAAAGCCCCCAUCUAGUCGAAAUUGAUAUGAGCCACAUCGAUCUGGAAUCCUUUGAGGACACCCAAACAUUGCCGACCGUCAUCUAUGGCCUGCACAAGCUGCGGAGGUUAAGGCUGCACCUUUCACUCCCUCGGUACGAGUGGGGGUUCCUUGGCACGGCCCUAUUUUUCAGUUGUCCUCCCUCACUUCGGAGCUUGAGGAUCGAGAUGUCCCACAACAACAGCGCCCUUGCCGACCCAUGCCCGCCCGCCUUAUCACCACCCCCUCCCCGACGACAGGAACCCUUGCUAGAGUUAAAGUCGUUUUUUGUUCAGCGGGUCAUGACAACCACAACUCAGGAGUUUCUUUCGCAUUUUCGGCACUGUCCUGCAUUAGAGGAGCUUCAUAUCCCAAGGAUACCCAACCCGGGACUGGAUAUUGCGACCAUUACUCAGUUUAUUGGAUCACACUGUCCGAAUCUGCGGAGUAUUGUCCAGGACAGUCAUCAAGCUGGCCAGGGACUACCGCUGAGUCUGGGGAUCUUGGAGACCAUGGCGCCCCAUUCGCUUCAGAAACUCAACUGCGUCCAGUACCUUGAGCAGGAAACUAUACAGAACGAUCUUAGUGGGCUCUUCCAUCGCCAUUCAACAACCCUUCGAUCGAUCACGCUUUCGCCAUGCUGGCAGGUCAGGAGCAACACGUUACGGACGAUUUUGUGCGAGUGUCGGUCGCUGGAGGAGUUUGUAGUGAUCCAGGCCGAGUCGCCAAGCCAUUGCGGGAUUGACCUUGUUGAUGCGGUUGCGGCGCCUUGGGUUUGCACCAACAUUGUUCGACUUUUUUUGGUGGUUAACCUACAGGACACUCGUGAGCCUUCGCCUCCUUCAACUAUUACAACGACAGAGGCGACAAUUACAGGAUCUGAGGACGGCAAUGACGAUAGAGAUGACGUGGCAGGGAUGGGAGCCUGGAAGCCAUAUUAUAAGCGGGAAGGUCCGAUUGUUUUCACCGCCAAGGAGGAGGAGCAAUUCCGUUUGCUGGAACUCUUUUACCAACAACUUGGACAGCUCACCCAAUUAGAAUACCUAUCGCUAAAGGCGCAACUGGAUACGGAUAUCGUCGAGUAUGACUUGCAAAACGGAAUGCAGCCGUGGCUAACCUACCAGAGGAACACCUUACCAGGAAUGUUGAGUCUGGGCGAUCCCAAGACUGGCCGACCUGGGUUUUUACACCUGUUCUCGAGGUGGAAGAAACUGAAGAGUCUUAUGGGUUCGGUUGCUUUGGACACAGUAGAGGCACGGAGGACGGUUCGGUUGCAAGAGAUGAAGUUUAUGCUUGAGCAGUGGCCGGCGUUGACGCAGGUUGAGUUUAUGCAGGUUGAGGAUCCGGAAGUGGAGGAGGACGAGGAGGAGGAUGACAUCUGCGCAUACCUCCCACGCGACAGUCUGGCCCACUGCGCCGUCGUUUCGCGUCCUUGGUUUUCCUUAUUCACGCCGUACCUUUACCGAACGAUCGACUUGACACAUACCAAAACUGUUGCGCAUUUCAAGGAUCGGGCGGCUUCUGUUUCUGCGCUCGUGAAGUAUAGGAGCAGUGUGAAGACGAUAAUAACUUCUACGGUGAACAAACUUAUGCUGGCCAUCCUCCGGGACGACGCGAUGGUUGUGGCCAGUACUGCUGCUGCUUCUACGGAUGGUGUCUCGUCGUCGUCCUCUGUGGGCGCCCUCUCAAUACCCCUGCUACCGAUAUUCAUGCGGGAUACCCUGGACCUCUGGAAAUUCACGAGCCUCCGUACCUUUGAAUGGACUUUUUCUAAAACAACGGCAUCCUCAGACUUACCCAAAAUACUCCAUAAAUGCGACGCCACGUACCACCUCACCAGCAACACCAACAACAACGACGGGAGUAUGGCCGCCCUCCAGUUCAUUAGCCUCCACAUCGACCGCCUCGAGUCCAUCUCGCUCAAGUUCCAGACCCUCACUCGACAGCAUGUUAAGAGUUUGGAGAAUCUAUUGAGGGGGCCGAGGCCGAGGUUGAGGACGUUGGUUGUGGAGUAUGUGUAUAUGCAGGCGGAUGUUCGGCGGAGUGUUGUGAAGCGGUUUAUCUGGACUGCUUUGGCGCUUUAUGGGGCGAAGCCUGUUGUUGACGGCAAUAGGGGGUGUGAUGGCGACGGCGACGGCGGGGGCCGCAGUCAUGGACAAGCGACGUUGGAGACUUUUCGUUUGACUUGGGUUCAGGACUGGCGAUAUGGAUCUGAUGAAUUAGGCGACGGCUACACGGUGGAUGAAAAUGAGCCCAACAGCCACGACGACGACGACGACGACGAUAGCCGCCACCACCACCCUUCCUUCCAUUCCGCACUGCAACCCCGUGGACAGCUUCUCCAGAGCCAUGUCAAAGACCUGAGUUUAUGUUACAACCACUACGAGCUAGACCUAGCUCUUAUCAUGCUUCUCUUCCAACGAUGCCCUGAUCUCGAAUCCCUCUCGCUUUGGUCCAUCAAUGAAGACUCGCUUCUGGACCAACUCUCCGUCCAACUACGGAAAUUCUGUCCGCGAUUCAGGAACCUGGGUGUGGGCGGUAUCGAUGCAGAAGACGCCGAGAUCUCGCAGUUGAUCGCUGGAUGCUCCCGAACCAUUCACCAUGUCGACGAUGAACCUUCAACAACGACAACAACAACAACCGCUACACCGACGGCAAAGAUGACAGGAUUGCAAGAGUUCAGGAUCUUGUCGCGGAUUGAGGAUCUUGACGAGAUCUCGACAGUAGCUCUAGGACGGUACCACGGCGCGUCAUUAGAGACACUGGAUUUCUCACAACAGACCCGGUUCCCGGCACACCUGUUCCUGCGGUUGAUCAAGCAUUGUCCGAGACUGCGUACCCUUCGCUGUAACAUUGAGCUCCGUAUAGAGCACCAGGGCCAGACGAUUGAUUAUUCAGCCCUCUUGUCGACCCAGUCCAACAGUAUCAAUAAUGACUGGCCGUUCGCUGCGACACUCAAGUGCAUGGAUUUGGCAGUCUACCGUGGCUCAGAUUUAGAAAUUGACUCGAACUACCGACACGGCGAUGGAUCCGUCAGCGAUCGGUACAUCGCUUACCUAUACACCCAAGUCGCCCGCCUGACACAUCUCGAAGAAUGGCACCUAGGAGGAUGGAUGAUGCUUUUGAGACUCGAUUGGGGUCUGGAGAAGUUGUCAGGACUGAAAUCGCUCAAAGUGUUGGACCUGCGCGAACACACUUUUAUUCGGUUGUCUGAGGAGGAAGUGGAGUGGAUAGCGGAUAAUUGGACGUCGUUGGCCGAGGUCUGGGGUUUGAAGAGUCCCAAUCUGCAGCCGAUUGUUCAGCAACUCAAGGCACUGCGGCCCAUGAUCGAGAUCUUGUAG